UCCUAUCGAGAGGGACACUCACGCAGAACGCGAGUAGAACGAAAUAAGUUUGUGGGGUUGGGAAAUAAAACCAUCAUAGCAAGCGGUGGCUUGUGAGUUAUCGAUUUUUUUUCUGCGCCUCACCGCGGUAACCAACUUGCGACUCAGCACCCUCUCGUUGUCUUGCCACCCCGUGUUUGACUGCAGUGUGUUUGUGGAUCAGAAGCAGCAGUAGUGAUUGGUAGUUGACUUGACGUGUGGAUUAAUCAAUCAGUUGGUGAAAUAAAUGAGCAUGGGUUUACGGAGACGGACAAUUGACUCAUCGGAUGCAGCCCACCGAGAACCGGUUCAUCGGGAAACAUGGGUUUCGACGAACAAAAUUCUGAACAGCAGUAUGAGUUUAAAGCGCAUCAAUAGCCGUAAUCCAAACUUUGACUACGACGAAACCAAAAUGCUCAUCUCGCUGUGGGGCGACCCGCAAGUGCAGAAAACCCUCAUCACCACCCACAAGAAACACCCGGUUAUCGCUGAUCUGGCAAAGAAAAUGCGUGAACAUGGAUACAAUCGCUCGACGGAGGAAAUUAACACGCGCAUCAAAAAUCUCAAGUGCUUCUACAAUCGCAUCAAAAAGGACAUGGCAGCCGGAAUCAUCAACCAAACGACUUGGAAGCAUUAUGCCGAGAUGGAUGAGAUUAUAAGUCGACCAGUGUUUGGUAAUGCCCAUCGGAUGCACAUGAUUCAGCAACAGAAGCAACAAGAAGAACAGGAAGAGCUUAAGAAGCAAAUCUUAGAGCAGCAGGAACAGAUGCAACGGUUUCCUGUCAAGCUGGAAGUGAUGAGCGAUGAUGAUUCAACUGAGAUUCGAGCGGAAGAUUUACUGACCAUCGAUACCAACGCACCGGAGGAAGGUGAUACACUGCAAAAGGAAGAACUCGACAUCAAGGAUGAUAACGAUAAGAAUUGUGAUGAUGAUGAGGACGAUGACGAUGACGACGAUGACAGCGACUUUGAUGUGGAAAAUCAUGAACUUUUUGAUUCCAGUGAAUUUAACGACGGUUUGGAUGAGAUCCUUUCGAAAGCAAGGGCUGCGGCCAAAGUAACAGAAUCAGCCCCACCGGACCGUUCCAGCCCUCACGUGAACAAUGCCAGUGGCAGCGCUACUGCAGUUAUUACGACCCCAACAACGACAACCGUACCUAUAAGCUCACAGGGUAAAAUAUCCGUGGUGCCGACAAACCUGCUAUUGAAGCCUCCGACCUCCAGCGUGAACAUGAAUUCCCCGAUACAAAUCUACACUCAGCCUACCGUAAGCCUGGCAAACUCAGUUUGCCAUACAUCCAUGACCAUGACGUCGACUAGUUCUGCCCCAGGGAUGGCCCCAAUGAAGCUUUUGCUGGUGAACACAGUAUCAAAAGAUGGAACCACUAAGCAAAUUCUCACUCCAGCUUCAGAAAUCCCAUCAAUGCCUCAAAUGCGGCCGGCACCAAUGCUCCAACCGAGGCCAUCCAUGGUUCCUAUCGCCCCGAAACCACCCACAGUGAGUAUUCCAGCCAUCAACGUAACUCAGAAGCCUGCUACUAUUACUCCCAUCACGAAUGCAACGAGCGCCCCAAAGCCAAAGCCGAAUUUACUCAACGGAGAAAAAUCGCCUGGCUUCAAGAAAAUGUUCGGCCAGUUGAUUGCCAUACAACGCGAAAAUCUAAUAGUUUCGAGAGCAAGACUGGCCCUGGAGAAGGAACGGUUGGAAUUCGAGAAACAAAUAGGAGGCCCUUUGGUUGACGUGGUACGCAGCUUAAGUGGUUUCUUCAACGGUUUCCUGCAGCAACAAUUACAGCAGAAACAUUGUCCAGCAGCAAAGAAAACUCAACGCGCGGAAAGUGAACUACCACCAGCCAAGAAAAAACGUACUGAAGGAAGCGUUGAAAAGCAACAGCAAUCUGCCGUUACUACCACGGAAACCAUGAAAACGGAAGUGAUAAGUGAUAAUGAUGAUAACUAA